CUCUCUCUCCGUCCGCGUCCAGGGGGCGAUCAAGCGGCGGGGAUGAUGGGAGUCCGGCCGGUUCAGCCCUACCCGCCUACCGACGCACCGAAACGCAGCCAAACACUCGGGACUGACGGCAAAACUUCACACUUCUCCCGCCCUCAGUUCAUCUCUCUCCAACAGACACAAACACACAUAAAAGCAACAGCUGGAGCCGCGAGGAGGACUUUUAUUUUGGAGGUUCUUCUUGUUAAUUAUCACACCUGAAGAGGAUGAGAGGGAAUUAAAAUAAAAUCUCUUUUCCCGAGGUGGAGGAGUGUUGUUUCUCGGGAUUAAACUAAAAAAAAGGGGGGAAUAAAAGGAGAAAGCUGGAGCCGCUCCUGGAGGAUUAAAGCGGCUGAAGUUGGGAAGAUGUCGGAGGAAGGGGAGCAGACGGAGUGAAGCAGCCCGGUGCGCACUCUCCCCUCCCCGGCUGCACUGAAGCGCUACAGUCCGCUCCUCCUGCCGCUGCUGGAGGGUCGCUCCUGCGCUCCUGCCGCUCCUCUCUCUUCUCAUCAUUACUGCUCUGCUUGGAUGUAAAAAAAACAACAACAACAACAACCCAGCUUCAUCCUCCUUCCUCCUCCUCUUCUUCCUCCAAGAGAUUUUACUCCAAACACUUUCUGUCCUUCCUGCGCGGAGUUUUGCGCUCAUGGAUCGGCCGCUGUGCGCCUCCUCUCCGGAUGGGAUUUGGCAGCUGUGAGCGGGGCGCGGUGGAGCGGUGAUGGUGUGAAAGCCAGAUAUAAAAGACAAAGACACUUUAAAAAACCCGCAGUUUUUUAACGCAGGAGUUUUACAUCUGGUAAACUGGGCCAGUCAGCAGCAGGAUCAGGAUGAGAAGAUGGCUGGCUGUGUGUUUCCAAUGGGACCAGAGAGCUUUCAGCGCUUCACGCCGGACUCCCUGGCGGCCAUCGAGCAGCGCAUCGCCCAGGAGCAGGCCCGACGCAACAAACACUACCAGGAGGACCUGGGCGACGUGGUGCUCCUCCGGCCCCGGCCCGACCUGGAGGCAGGAAAACAGCUGCCGCGCAUCUUCGCCGACAUCCCGUCUCAUCUGGUGGGCGUUCCCCUGGAAGACAUCGACCCGUACUACUUCAAAGACAAGAGGCGGCUUGCCGAGAUAGGACUGACCACGAACGGGCCGGAACUAAAGACCAAGCGAUCUGCCUGCAAGAUGCCGAUGACCUUCAUAGUCCUGAACAAAGGGAAGGCCAUCUUCCGAUUCAGUGCCACGUCAGCUCUCUACAUCUUCAGCCCUUUCCACCCCAUCCGUAGAAUCGCCAUCAAGAUCCUCGUCCACUCGUUAUUCAGCUUGUUCAUCAUGUGCACCAUCCUGACCAACUGUUGCUUCAUGGCCAUGUCGGAGCCGGCGUACUGGGCCAAAUACCUGGAGUACACCUUCACAGGUAUCUAUACGUUCGAGUCUCUCAUAAAGAUCUUGGCGAGGGGUUUCUGUGUGGGGCCCUUCACCUUCCUGAGGGACCCCUGGAACUGGCUCGACUUCAGCGUCAUCGUCAUGGCAUAUGUGACUGAGUUUGUGGACCUGGGUAAUGUGUCAGCCUUAAGGACGUUCAGGGUGCUGCGAGCGCUCAAAACCAUCUCUGUCAUCCCAGGCCUGAAGACCAUCGUUGGCGCUCUCAUCCAGUCAGUGAAGAAGCUCGCGGACGUGAUGAUCCUCACCGUCUUCUGCCUGAGCGUCUUCGCCCUCAUCGGUCUGCAGCUCUUUAUGGGAAACCUGCGGCAGAAAUGCGUCCGCAGCACGGCGCACUGCGUCAACGGCAGCCUGCCCACCAACACCUCCUUCUACUGCAACAACAAGACCUGGGCCUCCGUGAAGGACUUCAUCAACGACGAGGACAACUUCUACAAGGUGGAGGGAGCCAAGGAUGCCUUAAUCUGUGGGAACGGCAGCGACGCAGGAAAGUGCCCAGAUGGGUUUGACUGUCUGAAGGCGGGAAGGAACCCCAACUACGGAUACACCAGCUUCGACACCUUCGGGUGGGCCUUUCUGUCGUUGUUCCGCCUGAUGACACAAGACUACUGGGAAAAUCUCUACCACCAGACGCUGCGUUCGGCCGGUAAGACCUACAUGGUGUUCUUUGUCGUGGUGAUCUUCCUGGGCUCCUUCUACCUGGUCAACCUCAUCCUCGCCGUCGUCGCCAUGGCGUACGAGGAGCAGAACCAGGCGACCAUCGCCGAGGCCUGCCAAAAAGAGAAAGAGUUCCAGGUGGCCAUGGAGAGACUGAAGAAGGAGCAACAGGUCGCCACACAGAAAACUGUCGACUCAGACUCGUUGAUGUCACCCGAACUGUCGCCGUUUGGCCUGCCGUUGGACAGCAUGGAGGAGCGGAGGCGGAGUCAAGCGCUGGUGGGAGUGGGCGAUGUGGAGGCGAACCUAUCAGAGGAAAAGCUGCUGCAGGUGGACAUGACGGACGGGGGGAAGCCUCUGCACCCCCUACUCGCUCGCUCCUUCUCCACGAGGACACGGCGAAGCAGUCAGGUCUCCUCCAUCUUCAACUUCCGUCUGAGGAGCCGAGGGUCGGAGGGCGAGAUGGCUGACGACGAGUACAGUGUCCCAGGUGACGUGGUGGAGGGCGUCGGGGGUCGAACCUACAGCGGGGGGACCUUCAGCGGGAUCCUGCCCCACGCGUGGCCCAAGCGACGACCGAGCACCUACAGCACUGCCAGCAGGAGCUCUCAGGUAUUCUAUCCAACUCUCAACGUCAACGGGAAGCUGUUUGUUGCCAUGGACCAGAACGGGGUUUCCCCGCCACCGCUGCAGGGGCAGCUGCCUGCCUGUACCAUGGAGAAGGUCAAGGAGGAGAGUGUCCCCACGUCCACCACGGAGCUCAGUACGAUGCUGUUACCCCGACCUUCGUCCACACAGGGCUCGGAGCGGAGGGGGAGGGCGCUCAGUGCUGCCAGCUACCUCACUGACGCCAUGGAAGGCCCGGGUCAUGCAGAACUGGAGGAGGCCCAUAAGAAAUGUCACCCGUGCUGGUACGUCCUUGCCCACCGUUACCUGGUAUGGGAAUGCUGCCCCUGGUGGCUGAGGGUGAAACAGCUGGUGAAUAUCAUGGUGAUGGACCCCUUCCUGGACCUGGCCAUCACCAUCUGCAUCGUCCUCAACACCCUCUUCAUGGCUAUGGAGCACUACCCCAUGACCGACGAGUUCAAUGGCAUGCUGAGCAUCGGAAACCUGGUGUUCUCUGGGAUCUUCACAGCGGAGAUGGUGUUGAAGAUCAUCGCUCUGGACCCGUACUACUACUUCCAGACGGGCUGGAACAUCUUCGACAGCAUCAUCGUCUGCCUCAGCCUCAUGGAGCUCGGCCUGUCCGACGUCGAGGGGCUCAGUGUCCUACGCUCCUUCAGACUGCUUCGCGUGUUCAAGCUCGCUCGUUCGUGGCCGACCCUCAACACCCUCAUCAAGAUCAUCGGUAACUCCAUGGGUGCUCUGGGCAACCUGACGCUCGUCCUCGCCAUCAUCGUCUUCAUCUUCGCCGUGGUCGGCAUGCAGCUGUUUGGUAAAAACUACCAGGACUGUGUGUGCAAGAUCUCGAAGGACUGCGCUCUUCCUCGCUGGCACAUGAAGGACUUCUUCCACUCCUUCCUCAUCGUCUUCAGGGUGCUGUGUGGCGAGUGGAUUGAGACCAUGUGGGACUGCAUGGAGGUCGCAGGUCAGCCGCUCUGCAUCCUCGUCUUCAUGCUGGUCAUGGUCAUCGGAAACCUGGUGCUGUUGAACCUCUUCCUGGCUCUGCUCCUCAGCAGUUUCAGCUCCGACAACCUGUCGGCUCCGGACGACGACGGGGAGAUGAACAACCUGCAUAUCGCCAUCCACAGGAUCACCAGAGGCCUGGCCUGGUGCCGCAGACAGGUGGUGGAUUUCUUCAACGGGAACCUGAAGCGUCGCCGUCAGAAGCGAAAAGAGGCCAAAGCCAUGAUGAAGCUCAAACGGCUGAGUACCAUCCACACUGAGGCCAACGGAGCGGUCAUAGGCCGUCAUGUAGAGAAGUACGUGGUGCCGGAGGACGACAGCUACAUGACAAACCCGAACCUGACCAUCAGCGUCCCCAUCGCCCCCGGGGAGUCCGACGUGGAGUUCCCGGAGGAGGAGGAGGACGAGGAGGAGGAGGGGGAGGAUGAGCAGAGCGAAGCCUCCGAGGAAGAGGAGGAGAGGGAGGAGCAGAAAGACGAUAUCAGCCUAUCAGAGGGCAGCACGGUGGACCUCAGGAAGCCUGGGGAGGAAGAGGAUGAGUACUCAGAGAUGGCUGAAGAGGCCAUGGACCCCGACAACUGCUUCCCGGACUUCUGCGUGGCCCGGUUUCAGUGCUGCGACAUCGACACCACAGUCGGUUUCGGUCAGAUCUGGUGGAGAACGAGAAAGACCUGCUACCAGAUUGUAGAGCACAGCUGGUUCGAGUCCUUCAUCAUCUUCAUGAUCCUCCUCAGCUCCGGAGCUCUGGCCUUCGAGGACAUCUACAUCGAGCAGAGGAAGGUGGUCAAGGUGGUGCUGGAGUACGCGGACAAGAUCUUCACCUACAUCUUCAUCCUGGAGAUGCUGCUCAAGUGGCUCGCCUACGGCUUCAAGAAGUACUUCACCAACUACUGGUGCUGGCUCGACUUCCUCAUCGUCGACAUCUCAGUGUUGGGUCAGCUGGCUCAGUUCAUCUCCAUGGACCAGAUCGCCGCCAUGCGGGUACUGAGGACAUUCAGGGCUCUCCGUCCUCUCCGGGCCGCGUCCCGCUUCGCUGGUAUCAGGGUGGUGGUGAACGCUCUGAUCGGGGCGAUUCCCUCCAUCAUGAACGUGCUGCUGGUCUGUCUCAUCUUCUGGCUCAUCUUCAGCAUCAUGGGCGUCAACCUGUUCGCCGGGAAGUUCGGCCGCUGCGUCAACCGCACCGGCCACAUCUACGAGGCCGCCUUCAUCAACAACAAGUCGGAGUGCGAGGCGCUCAACGACACCUCGCUCUUCUACUGGACCAAAGUCAAGGUCAACUUCGACAACGUGGGGGCCGGAUACCUGGCUCUGCUUCAAGUGGCAACAUUCAAAGGCUGGAUGGAGAUCAUGUAUGCAGCGGUGGAUUCUCGAGCUGUCGAGGAGCAGCCUAUCAAAGAGAUCAAUCUCUACAUGUACCUGUACUUCGUCAUCUUCAUCAUCUUCGGCUCCUUCUUCACCCUCAAUCUCUUCAUCGGUGUCAUCAUCGAUAACUUCAACCAGCAGAAACGAAAGUUAGGAGGACAGGACAUCUUCAUGACGGAGGAGCAGAAGAAAUACUACAAUGCGAUGAAGAAACUGGGCUCCAAGAAACCUCAGAAGCCCAUCCCCAGACCUUUGAACUCGCUGCAGGGCUUCUUCUUCGACCUGGCGGGGAAGCAGGCGUUCGACAUCAUCAUCAUGGUGCUGAUCCUCUUCAACAUGAUCACCAUGAUGGUGGAGACGGACGAACAGUCGCCUCAGAUGGAGUACAUCCUGAACAAAAUCAACCUGGCCUUCAUCAUCGUCUUCACCAUCGAGUGCCUCAUCAAGAUCGUGGCGCUGCGAUACUACUUCUUCACCGUCGGCUGGAACAUCUUCGACUUUGUGGUCGUCAUUCUCUCCAUCGUUGGUAUCGUGCUUGCUGACAUCAUCGAGAAGUACUUUGUGUCGCCAACCCUGUUCAGAGUGAUUCGAUUGGCCCGUAUCGGACGGGUUCUACGUCUUAUCAGAGGCGCUAAGGGCAUCCGGACGUUACUGUUCGCCCUCAUGAUGUCCCUUCCUGCUCUCUUCAACAUCGGGCUCCUCCUCUUCCUGGUCAUGUUCAUCUACGCCAUUUUCGGCAUGGCCAACUUCGCCUAUGUGAAACGGCAGGCGGGGAUCGACGACAUGUUCAACUUUGAGACAUUUGGCAACAGCAUGAUCUGCUUGUUUCAGAUCACCACCUCCGCUGGCUGGGACAGCCUGCUCACCCCCAUCCUCAACAACUCCCCCGAGGAGUGCAACCCCAACAUCCCUCACACCGGCACCACCGUCCGGGGGAACUGUGGGAACCCAUCGGUUGGCAUCACCUUCUUCGUCACCUACAUCAUCAUCUCCUUCCUCAUCGUGGUUAAUAUGUACAUCGCCAUCAUCCUGGAGAACUUCAGUGUGGCCACGGAGGAGAGCACUGAGCCGUUGAGCGAGGACGACUUUGAGAUGUUCUACGAGGUUUGGGAGAAGUUUGACCCGGAGGCCACGCAGUUCAUUGAGUACGCCAAGCUGUCAGACUUUGCUGACUCACUCUCAGAACCGCUUCGCAUCGGUAAGCCUAACAAGAUCAAACUGAUCUCCAUGGACCUGCCCAUGGUCAGUGGGGACAAGAUCCACUGCCUUGACAUCCUCUUUGCCUUCACAAAGCGCGUCCUGGGCGAGUCCGGUGAGAUGGAUGCCCUUAAGCAGCAGAUGGAGGAGAAAUUCAUGAUGGCCAACCCGUCCAAGAUCUCCUAUGAGCCGAUCACGACGACUCUGAGGCGAAAACAGGAGGAAGUUUCCGCCACCGUGAUCCAAAGGUGUUACCGCAGACACCUGGUGAGGCGGCAGAUGAAGGCCGCCUCCUACUUGUACCGCCAGAUCACCACACCCCGACAUGCAGGAAGCGAAGGUGAAGAAGGCGGCGAGGUAGUGUUCGGGGAGGAUGCACCAGAGAAAGAAGGGCUCAUCGCCGCCAUGAUGAGGGAAAACUAUGGUUCGAGUUUGUUAGGGAUAGAGCGCUCCGAGACAAUUUCCUCCACCUCGUCCCCGCCGUCCUACGACAGUGUGACGCGAGCCACGUCGGAGAUCUUUCACCCGCUCGCUGGCAAGACAGAAACAAUUGCUGUCGACACCGCAGGCAGCGAACCAAGCGAACAGUCGGCGUCAGUGGUCGACCCUGACAGACAGCAGGAAACGGUACCAUAGCAGGAACCAAAAAGCAAAAAAAAUGAACAAAUGAGGAUGUCCUUGCAUUUGGGUUAAGCCUGUUUGUUCUUUUGUUUACUGAAUGUACCAUAGCUGAGGAACGCUGGGAAGGCGGCAAAGAGAAGCUAUGAGCGAGGAACUGCAGGAGGAGUCAAGUUAAGGAGCAAACAAAGUGGAAUAUUUACUACCUUUAAUGUUAUUUCCUGUUCCCAGUGGAGAUUCCUGGACUCAAGCGUUUUUUGGAGUUUCUUAAAGGGAAGCAGAAAAACUGCAAUAACAGAGAGGGAAACCCCGUCUGUCAAGUCAGCUCUGCCUUUGUUGGAGUAAAAAGACAGAAGUGUAGAUCCCUCUGACCUCUUGGGUCUCGACCGAAGCCGAGGGUUCGGAACACUGACUGACCUUUGACCUCAGCUGCAGGGGUCAAAACCACUAUAUCAGAUGUAUCCAUCAUUUAUUGGCCUGGGGGGGUUUGUGCCUUCCCACAGUUGAUCAAUAUUCUCAGAGUACGCCUGGCUGUAAGAGUGAUGGUGUUCCUGGUGGUGUUUCUCAACGCAUUAACAGUCGACGGCUUUCUGACUGACCGAGACUCGAGAGAGGAGGGAAAAUAAAUGACAACGUGAUUUAAGAAAAAGUUUUUCGUAGUAAAAGUAUAACUUUGUUGAUGUUACCAGUCUUUUAAUAGCGGUACGAUUAUUACUAUUUUUUAUAUUUUUUAGAGUAAGUUGAAGAAAAAAAAUAAGUCUCUCUCUUUCGACAUUGGAGUGGCACUAGCUAUGAGAAAGUGGCUGAACUACCACGUUGUAAUAGAUAAGAGGAGAGGGUGCGGUCAGGAAAAAAAAAAAACAACCUGAGAAGCAACUUCAUCUGUUUUUUGUUGGCAGUUUUGCACUUUUGAGUUUACAGGUGCUGUCACUUUACCGCACCUGGGCAAAGACACAUUGGAAAAAAGGGCCUGGGAUGUAUUUAUUUUUUCCUUUGAGAACCUUUGAGAUAACACACCAAAACCUAAUACAAGUGCACAAUGAGAUUUUUUACACGGUCCCGGACUUUUCCAACAUGUGUUUUGCCCCGGUGGUGAACAUCCCCCAUGUCCGUCACUUUUUUGGCCGUUGGGUGAUUUGUCGAAAUGUCCAAAUUUAAAGUAGAUUUUUUUUUAGCUCACCUUCACUUAAACAACUUCAACAGAAGACUUACGUAUUCCUGCUGCAUUACUACAUUGCACAAUGAGGUUAAGGGAUGCAGAUUAUUGAUCAAUGACAUAUGAGUUGCCAAGACCGGUAUCUGGUAUCAGGGUCCAACACACACAUAAAAUAUCCCAGAUACCACUUUACAGCAGCGUGUUGUUACAUAACCACCUGUUAGCUGACGUUUCAUUUCAUCAAGUGAAUUUAUCGUUAAUCUCUUGAAUCCAAAUUCCAAACCCCUUAAAUAAACUUUUAAGAAAAGACGUUCAUAUCAUAAAACCCCUGAAGCCGUAAACACCUCAAAUUCCUUUUUUAAAGCAGGAUGAAUAUUGUUUAGUGCAGUUAAAGGACCAGACUGCUGGUUUGAGACAAGCUUGGCAAAGAUGCAAAAAAUAUAAAUUCCUAAAAACAUGUUUAAGCGUGCAACAAACCAUCAGUCUUUACUCCCAUUUUACCAACCGAACAAAGACAUUUAUGCAGGGCUCUGUGUGCUCUUGUUGGAGCUCACUUACAUUUACUUAUUUUAAUGCCAUUAUUUAUAUAAAGUUUUUCCUCUAUCAGGGGAUUUAAUGUCGCUGUACGGACUUUUUUGACAAAUCACCCGCUGUCAUUAACUUAUCCGUCUGGUCUGAGUUCGGCUCGGCACACACAAGAGCUUAGACCGAAUUCUUCAAUGGGCAUAAGUUCUUCGAGGCGUCGACCAGCCCUGACCGGAGUGCGACAAUCAGCUCAGCACAUCAGCAUCAGGAUUUCACCCUGUUUUGUUUCAUGAAAAGGUCACUGAUUUGGCGUCUGAUCAGUCACCUGUGUCCUGGAAAAACCUUGUCAAAACAGUUUCACGGCAGCUGAUUAUCGAUGAUUCUACGACUUUAUCAGAUUGUUUCUCCUGUUUUCAGUAUAAACUUUUCAAGAUGUUUCAGAUCAGGAAUCAAUUGUCACCAGACUGAACCCAAUAGUCUGGAUAGAUACACAUCUAUGAUAUUAAAUUAACUAUUUAAAUAUCUAUAUUUGAACAGCUGUCUGUUAAAUGCUACAAGAAACAGUGGUAAUGAUUCUGAAGUGUUUAAACUUCCCCAGUCCUUCAAGCUCCCAGUCCGGGUACAGACAGCUAAAAGAACUAAGUAGCUAACAGCAGCUAGUACAGUUAGCAUACGCAACAGUGCCUCAGUUAAGAAACUUCUUGUGUUACAAGAGAAAAGGUCUGUGUUGCAACAGUCCUCUGAUACUUUGGUCCCGGUGACAAGGCGCAGCUCCUGGUCGGAGUUUGACCUUGUUUUAGAUUUUCUGUGAAUAUCAGACUAAUGAAAAGUGGGUCAAUUAAGACUCUUCUUGUCGAGUCCAUGAUCCAAAAAAGGGAUUCUAACAGUUUGAAGCUUGUUUAAGACAAGUACUUUUUCAGUAAAAUAUCUCUAAAGUUAUAGUUUCUGUCAUGUUAUGAGUGUAAAUGAGCGGUUUACAAAUGGCUGCAGCUGAGCAGGUUUUUCCAGAACACUGCGUGACGAUGCUAAAAGCUUUUCUUCUUCCUGUUUCCGCUAAUCGAUAUGAAGAGUUUCAUUUAAAAUGAGGGGAAAUAAAUUUGUAAAUUCUGAUUGAUUUAUUGAUUGAUUGAUUCCUCUUUGGAUGUCACUGACUAGAUUAUUUUCUCGAUAAGAAAAUGAAAUGGAUCGUUUGAAUGAUUUCAAAGUACACCAGUAACUAAAAGUAUUCAGCGACAUAUUGAAGAUUUCGUAGUUUUCCCCUGAAGGAUAUCUGCGUUUGAAAGGAGACUCUUCAAAUCCAAACACUGCGUUUUUAUUUAUUUAUUUAUUCUUUUGUUUUCGGGUUGGUUGCUUUAUUUAAGUUGGGUUUUUAUUAAUUUUUUUUGCACGUUUUUAGCUGCGUCCUGGAGUAAGAACAGAGGCCGAGCGAGGCGCCUCUUUAUCCAUUUUGCACAGAGAAACAAAAACAAAAAAAACAAACCGCGUCUAGCAAUAACGGUUUGCCGAUACCUUGUAAGUGAGUUCUUCGGUAACACUCGGCUUUACAGAAGCUUUCUCUCACUUUAUGAAUCUGUGGAGUAAUGUUUGGGGGAAAUCCUGAAAAUGCACGAUAACACUCGGAGCAUUGGGCGAAACCUGAUGUGUUCUGGUUUUCCCGAUGCAGCACUGACGGUGUUAUUGAGGUUUUACAGAUGCACAGGUGAAUACGCUGGCAUGAAGCCGCUGCGAAGCAGUGUUACCGCUUGUUUUUAUUAAGAUGAAGUGUCAAAGUGUGUGUGUACAGCGUUUGUUCGGUCUGCUUCGAUCUCAAUUAUCUCGAACAACCUCUCUCUCUCUCUCCGUCUCUGUUGUCGUGGUCACCCGAGGGAUCUUUACUAAACGCUUUACUAGACUAAUUUAAAAAAGAUAAAAGAAAAAAAACAUUUUACUGGCACCGUCUGGACUCUAUUUCUACUAGAUUCUAUUGAGAAUAGAUAACCAUAUAAACUAGGUAAAUACUUAAGACACUGCUGAACUCUGCUGCGAGGCGUAUUUCAGGUUGCAGUUGUGCUGAAGGGCUGUUUUCAGUAGCAAUAGACCCAGAGUGUGCCUGCUACAUAUGAACCCUAACACUCCAAGCCAUGCUUUCCCAUUGGUUGAUUGAUAAUGUGCUUGAUUGAAGGACUGGUUGAUUCUUUGAUUUCUUGACUGGCGGAUUGAGUGAUUAUGUGAUUGGUUUAACAUUUGGUUGGCUGAAAUGAUUCUUAUGCUUUUUGAUAUCGAACGAGGUUCACGGUCCCUCACCGCCCCCCUCCAUCACUGCUGUGACUCUUUCUCAUAAGCUGUCGAACAAACAGCACAGAGAGCUGAUUGGCUGAUUUAGUUCUCUUUUUUAAAAAAACGGUCGAAAAAGGUUCAGAUUCACUAAAGUCUGCAGGGAAAAGUGCAUUUUGUCCUGUCACCAGUGUCACAGAUGCCUCUCUUACAGUGGGAGUGGCCACUGGUGGAAAUUGGCAGCGAGACUACCGUUGCUGUGUCUAGCUCUUUCGGCACACCCACGCCUUCUCGCAAUAUCAGUACUUGAGCAACUGAAGAGGAAAAACAUGCACAAAGUUUCCCUCACAGUGUAACUUUAGUGAAUCUGGACCUCAGACUCUGGUUUGCACUGAGCACAACAACACAUUAACUGUCACUAUCAGGACAGUUAACUGGAAUAAAGCUUAAGAGUUUGUUCACCUGCAACCACAGCAUUACGACCAACUUCAGCUCGCCGUACCUGGACUGAAUUCACUCUGCACUGACUGUAUGAGGUGGAAACCUUCAAAAUAAACCCCAACAUGUCCGAGCAGGAAAGGAAAAAACCCCAGAUUCAAAAGAUGGCGGAGAGAAAAAGAAUCUGUGUCACUUUCUUUCCUGCUCUGAUAUGACAAAUUGUACGCAAAAAUAAACUCUCACUUUGGAGGAAAACGGCCAUCUUUGCUCUGAGCUGUGGGUCAGUCCAUGUGGUGCUACCAGGCGGUUUUGGAAGAGUCCAUAUAAAGAUCUGAGGGGGGCGUUAAAACACAAACUCUAAGACUGAGAAUCUUUGCUCCUUCCUGCCUUCUUUUCCCCGUUUCAAAACCAAAAGCUGCUUUGUCACCUUCAAAACAAAACGACAAACAUCUACGUACCAACACGGAGGAAAUGCACAGAAAACAAGUGGUUUCAUUGUUCAUUAUUAUUACUAUUGUUACUAUUAACUGUGUGAUAAAUGCAAUACAACAGUUAUGUAAACAGGCAGUGAGUGAUGCUGUAUCUUAUUUACAGUAUGAGGAUAAUAAUAACGAUGUUUUUACUUUUUUCGUCGUCAUGGAUUUGGUUUUUCCAGGCAUCCUCUCACUGCUUAAACCACCUGUCGCCCCGUUUACACCGCAACUGGUUUCACAGCGGUUCUCAAAACUGGCUCCGGCUUCAUAUCAGUCCCCCAGAAACCUCAUAUCUCGAGAAAGUUGCCUUUUUCAGGAAAGGAGGGAAGAAUAUGUGGAAUGUUCCCCUUCCUGAAAUCUCACAAAUUUUUUAUUCCAGCCGAAAUUGGGAAGAUUUCUCUCAUCGUUAAUGACAUUUUUAAGACAGAAUGAGGCUGCGGCCACAGUCCGUCACAAAGAGCUGGAAGAUAUAACUCACAAAGUUGGAGAUAAGAGGUUUCUUGAUACAAGCAGUUUUAUUGUGUUUUUGCUGGAAAAAGUCGAGAAGGUUCACGUCACAGUCGGAGGGUGAAAACCUUGUAACUCCAAAGAUUUAACUUGAAAUAUGAAAGAGGAAAAGAUUAUUGUAAAGUUUACCACAAAAGUGAAAUGCAACACAAGUCCAAAUUUGAGUGUUUUUUCUCUCCAUCACUGAGUUGGUAAAACUUUUAGAUAUUCAAUGUUUCCAUAUUUUUAAAGUCUUUUUCAAAAACAUAAAAAAAUAAGAGACAAACAGCAAGUUACAAGGUUUCCCUCUGAUCUCAGUGGUACUCUCGCUCUGCAACCGUUGGCAAAAACUCUCGCCAGUGAAACCUCGGUGUAAAGGAGGCGAAAGCCGUGCCUCAGUGACCCCACCUUGGUGUUUUAGAGACAAUAAUAAUAAUUACGACGAUUAUAAUAUGAAUAUAUAUAAAUAUAUAUAUACUUUUUAGUACUUUGAGUUGAAAUACUUUUUAGUAUUUUGCAAAUACAUGUCUCUGUAUAUAAAACAAAAGCCUCCUGUAAUAAAUGAGAAAAAAAUUUAAUACUGAA